AGGCUCCUUGUGUGUGGUGGUGUUUGUGUGCAUUUCUUAUCCAACCUUUCCAACUGCAUUGCUUGCCUCCUCUGGUCUUUGCCUUGGCUGCAUACACGCAGCACACACCCCAAAUAGACAUUUUUUAAGGGUGGCUACGAUGAUUGGGCCCUGGAGAUGUAAGAAUGAUUUGGCUUUUAAUCUGCUCAGGUGUCUUCUCCCUUGAAGGAUGAAGAUCACUGACAGCUAUCGGUGCUUUAUAAUAAGCAACUCCAAUGCGCGGAAUGUUGGAGGUAAAAUGUACCCUUGCUGCUCCACAUUAACUUUGGAACAGGACCUCAACAGAAAAAUGCAUAUCUGGAUGCUGCAGACUAUAGCGUUUGCUGUAACAUCUCUCGUCUUUUCGUGUGCAGAAACCAUCGAUUAUUAUGGGGAAAUUUGUGACAAUGCAUGUCCUUGUGAGGAGAAGGACGGAAUCUUAACAGUGAGCUGUGAAAACAGGGGGAUCAUCAGCCUUGCAGAAAUCAGCCCUCCACGCUUUCCAGUCUAUCACCUCUUGUUGUCUGGCAACCUUUUGAACCGUCUCUACCCCAAUGAGUUUGUCAAUUACACUGGGGCUUCAAUUUUACAUCUAGGGAGCAAUGUCAUCCAGGACAUUGAGACAGGGGCAUUUCAUGGGCUUCGAGGUCUAAGGCGAUUGCAUCUGAAUAAUAAUAAACUAGAACUACUAAGGGAUGACACUUUCCUUGGAUUGGAGAGUCUGGAGUAUUUACAAGUCGAUUACAAUUACAUCAGCGCCAUUGAACCUAAUGCUUUUGGCAAACUGCACUUGCUGCAGGUGCUGAUACUCAAUGAUAACCUCUUGUCGAGUUUACCCAACAACCUUUUCCGUUUUGUGCCCUUAACGCAUCUGGACCUUAGGGGCAACAGGCUGAAACUUCUGCCCUACAUAGGGCUGUUGCAGCACAUGGAUAAAGUUGUGGAAUUACAGCUAGAAGAAAACCCCUGGAAUUGCUCUUGUGAGUUGAUCUCACUCAAGGAUUGGUUGGACAGCAUUUCCUAUUCUGCCUUGGUAGGAGAUGUGGUUUGUGAGACGCCUUUCCGGUUACAUGGGCGGGACUUGGAUGAAGUGUCCAAGCAAGAGCUUUGCCCAAGGAAACUCAUCUCAGACUACGAAAUGAGGCCCCAGACACCCUUGAGCACUACGGGGUAUUUACAUACGACCCCUGCCUCAGUCAAUUCGGUGGCCACUUCUUCCUCUGCUGUUUACAAGCCUCCUCUGAAGCCCCCUAAAGGGACCCGCCAACCCAACAAACCCAGGGUGCGCCCCACCUCGCGCCAGCCCUCCAAGGACUUGACCUACAGCAACUAUGGCCCCAGCAUCGCCUACCAGACUAAAUCUCCGGUGCCUUUGGAGUGUCCUACUGCGUGCACUUGCAAUCUGCAGAUAUCUGACUUGGGCCUCAAUGUCAACUGCCAGGAGAGGAAGAUAGAAAGCAUCUCGGAGCUUCAGCCCAAGCCCUACAACCCCAAGAAAAUGUACUUGACAGAAAACUACAUCACAGUCGUGCGUAGGUCGGAUUUCCUGGAGGCGACCGGACUAGACCUGCUGCACCUUGGCAACAAUCGCAUCUCUGUGAUCCAGGACCGUGCUUUUGGGGAUCUAACCAAUCUGCGACGACUCUAUCUUAAUGGCAACCAGAUUGAACGCCUGAGCCCAGAGUUGUUCUAUGGCCUACAGAGCUUGCAGUACCUCUUCCUCCAGUACAAUAUUAUCCGGGAGAUCCAGGCUGGGACCUUUGACACAGUCCCUAACCUACAGCUUUUGUUUUUAAACAACAACCUCUUGCAGGCCCUGCCCGGGGGCAUUUUUUCAGGCCUCACGCUGCUCAGGCUAAAUCUAAGGAGCAAUUACUUUUCUUCCCUGCCUGUGAGUGGAGUGUUGGAUCAGCUGAAAUCUCUUAUUCAGAUCGACUUGAAUGACAACCCUUGGGAUUGUACUUGUGACGUGGUAGGCAUGAAGUUGUGGGUGGAGCAACUUAAAGUGGGGGUACUUGUGGAUGAAGUAAUUUGCAAGGCCCCUAAGAAGUUCGAGGAGACUGAUAUGAGGUCUAUUAAGUCGGAGCUUUUGUGCCCAGACUAUUCUGAUGUGGUGGUUUCUACACCUACUCCCUCCUCCAUACAGAUCCCACCACGAACCACCUCCUUGCCCUCCACAGUCAGAUUCAACAGCACAGGCGCCACUGCAGGGGGUGGCUCUGGCAACAGCGCCUCUUCAGUCCCCUUGUCUGUGCUGAUCCUUAGUUUGCUGCUUGUCUUCAUCAUGUCAGUUUUUGUGGCGGCUGGGCUCUUUGUUCUGGUGAUGAAAAGGAGAAAGAAGAACCAAAGCGACCACACUAGCACCAACAACUCCGACGUGAGCUCCUUCAACAUGCAGUACAGUGUGUACAGUAGCAGCGGGGGCAGCAGCCACCACCAUUCGCAUACUCACCACAGGGGCCCAACACUCCCUAAAGUGAAAACCCCUGCGGGCCACGUGUAUGAAUAUAUCCCUCACCCACUGGGCCACAUGUGCAAAAACCCUAUCUACCGUUCCCGGGAGGGCAAUUCGGUGGAGGAUUACAAAGAUCUGCACGAGCUCAAGGUCACCUAUAGCAGUAAUCACCAUCUGCAGCCUCAGCAGCAACAGCAGCAGCCACAGCAGCAACAGCAGCAGCAGCAGCAACAGCAGCAGCAGCAACAGCAGCAGCUGCAGCUACAGCAGGGAGAAGAGGAGAGGCGGGAAAGCCACCACCUGCGGAGCCCCGCCUACAGUGUCAGCACCAUUGAGCCGAGGGAGGAGCUGCUGUCACCAAUGCAAGACGCUGAUCGCUUUUACAGAGGCAUUUUAGAACCCGAUAAACACUGCUCGGCCACCACGGCUGGCAGUAGCCUCCCGGAAUAUCCUAAAUUCCCUUGCAGCCCUGCUGCCUAUACCUUCUCCCCCAACUAUGACCUUAGGCGCCCUCAUCAGUACUUGCACCCGGGUGCAGGGGACAGCAGGCUCCGGGAAACGGUGCUCUAUAGUCCCCCCAGUACUGUUUAUGUAGAACCCAACAGGAAUGAGUAUCUGGAAUUAAAAGCAAAACUAAACGUUGAGCCGGACUACCUCGAAGUGCUGGAAAAACAGACCACAUUUAGCCAGUUCUAAAGGCAAACAAACUCCCCAUAGAGCAUUUGUAUUUAAAACAAACACACGAACAAGCAAACACAUGAUGAACCGGUUUGAUUAAUUGUGUUAUUUCAACGUUUAGGGUGAAGUGCCUUGGCACAGGAUUUUCAGCUUCGGCGAAUGAUACUGAAAGGGUGUGCAAUUUCAUUUUAUUUUUACAAGUAGGAAACGUUUGUGUGAGCUGGGCACAACUCUUGCUCUUCUUGUGUCAGUGGGGGGAAGAGGAGCUGUAUGGAGGGUCAUUUUUUGCAGGUGACUUUUAAAGGUCAAUGAAGUUUUUUGGUGGUGGGGAAUACUUCUGUUUUUCAAAGAUUGAAGGGCACAGAUUCCCCCUUUCCUCCUCUGAUCCCUCACUCCCUCCCCCUUCAAGCCAUGGGUGGGUAUAAAUGGCUUUUAUGAAGAGAGAUUAGCACACCCCGACUUUAAUACAAGGUUUCUUUUUCUUUUCUUUUCUUUUUUUUAAAGGAUGUGUUUGUAUGCUUUCUGGACAUUUGAAUUAAAAAAAUAUUAUGAUCUUGAAAAGGAUCAGUAUAGAUGUGGAAAAAUCAUUAAAGAGUGCAGAGCUAUAUGAUCCAUAACUGGUUAGUCAAAAUAACUUAUUGAUGAAAUAUAAAAAUAUUUUAUUGUAGCACCUAUUUUUAUAUGCACAUUCCCAUUUUCUCUUCCCUUCACUAUUUUAGUCUAUAAUUUGUUUGGAGCUUUAUUUCCAAAGCUGAAGUGGUAUCAGGAGGGCAUUCUAAUCCUAAAAUUUCAAGUAGAGAUGACUAAAUCUUAUAAGACAAUCCAAUCCAAACAAUUUGGUUUGCAUUAAAAAAAAAAAGUAACGGUUACUUUUUCCAACAAGUUAAAGCAUUUCCUCUUAGGGAAUUUUGGACUAACUAGUGAGCUAUAUAUGGAAAUUGUAGGUUUCAAGAGAGAGAGAGAGAGAGAGAGAGAGAGAGAGAGUGCCUCUCUUUUCAUUUAACCAAACAUAAUAAUUUGACUACUAUUGUAGUCAAUUUCUGAUUGUUUAGGCAAAUAUAAUUGCACUUGUACAGAUUCAUUUACAUAUUGGCCCCUUGGAAGACCAAAUGAUGGACUGUGCAAAUUUAUAUAAUAUCUUUACCCCUUUGGGCAGCAGGCAAUGAUAAUUGAUCACCAUGAAGAUAGGAUCACUGUAAGAUGGGGCUACUGGUGUCCCAUAUGUAUUUUAGCACAUGAGAUUUUUAAUAAUUUAUGAAUACAUACUUUGAAACUAUUUCAAAUGUGAGGAUAUGAAGUAAUAAUUACCUGAAGUUCAAAAUAUCUGACCCAUAGACUAAUGAUUUUCCAAUUUUAAUCAAGAUGGAAGGGGUAGGAGCUAAUCCACUAGGCCUAAUUUAAACAAUUUGUUGCAUUCUUAUGGAAAGUUAAUACACUAUAAUGAACAGUUUUGUGCUUGAGGGAAUUAGAAAUUUCUAAAUGUGUCACUAAUAUGCUUAUUAGUGAAAUUUCAAGUUGAUAUUUUGUUUCAAUUCUGAAGUGUUUAUUUAAUACAUGAAACAGGGUAAGUAAUGUUUCUUUACACAAGUUUUAUUGAAAUAUUAUGUAGGCUAUCAUGAUUGCUUUUUUCUUAUUCAGUCAUCAGUUUGCCAUUGUGUCCAUAUCUCAAAUUAUGUAAAUUUCUAUUCAAAGGUUAUAAUGAAUUUUGCGACUGAUUUUGAACUUUCCUCUCAAAUGUUCAAAAUACAGGUGACUAUAUAUAUGCUAUCUAUUCACCUUGGGACAAGGUUUGGCCAUCACAUUGGUCUUUGUCUUACAGGGCUUAACCUGCUUGUUUGAAGUAAUUUGGAUUGUAAAGGUCUUUAGAGUUCAUUCAGUCUUUGGUGGCUCUCUCAAUAACCAAUAACCUUAAAUGGAAUGUGUCAGAAGAUCAAGGGUAGUCCAUGAACCUGAAUGUACAAGAAGCCCUUUACAUGGCAUCCUGCCACAAAGAGGCAGCAUCCACCAGUGAGUAAAUUGACAGCAGCUGAUUGAAUUUAGAAUAAAUGGAUGGUCACAUCCUCCCUGAGGAAAAAUUAAAAAAAACAAAACAAAUGAACAACAUCCCAGUCCCCAACUGAAAAACAAAAAACUCAUACUACCUCUUCCAGUAUCAGUAUACCCCUAUAUUUCUUUUAUUUUGAAAGAAUUCUUCUUUGUAUACACUUUUUGGCAAGGGGGAGGGGUAGGAUUCGUGCAAAGAUCAUGACAAAAAUAUUCCUCCUCCUCAUCUGUCUACUCAGUAUUUGAUUCAUUAUUAGGAAAGAACAAUGAAAAAAUAUUAUUUGGUAUCAUAAUGGAAAUGUGUAUAGUCUUUCUUUUCCUUUGAAAUAAAAGGUACAAAUAAAAAUUCCUUACUCUUUCAUUAUCCUGAAAUACUGUAAAGUUCUGUGGAAAAUUGGACGGAACUGGAAAAGAAGAUUCUCAACAAAACUAAGCUUUGUUUAAAAGCAUACAUUUGUCUAUUUAUAUGUGUGUAUAUAUGUAUUUACAUAUACAUAUAUCUAUAUAUACACACACACCUACACAGAAAUAAGAAUGAGAAAAAAAACAUGAUAGUGGUGGACAAAAUAAUAAAAGAUCUUCCAAAAAAUGUUAUAUAAAUUUAAUCCCCCAAUAUUUCUAGAAUGUUGUGAUAUUAAUUAGAGUUCUAUUUUGGUCAAAUCUGACUAUUUAGCAUUUCUCUCUUGAUUUUCUAUUUAAAGUAAUCAUUUCUGCCCCUGCCAAUAUCUAAUAUUUCAUUUUCUAAGUUUUCCAACAUGUUUUAUGAAAUUAUUAAGUAUGUUCAUGAUGAAAGACCACCUGUCUCUAUAUCUUCUCUCUGUCUCUGUGUGUGUCUCUGUGUCACUCUAUCUCUCUGUGUGUCUCUUUCUGUCUUUCUCACUAUCUAUUCAGUGCCAAGAAGGAAAAAUAAGAGCAGUUCAGAAAUAUAUGGUUCAAGAAAAUAGCAGCAGUAAAGAACUAGGAAGUGGCUACCAAUAGAAUAUGGAAUAUGUGAAAGAAAUAACUUUUGAUUGAUUUAUUUUCAUUAUUAAAAUGUAAUAAGUUAACUGCAGAACAUAUGCAAAAUCAUAUAUACUAACUUUGGGCCAGUCACUCAAAAAGCAUUUAUUAAGAGUAAUUCCUGGGAAGAUUUGAUUUUUGAUACUCCAUAUUAAUAUUUAUUGAUGCUAAUAUUUCAAGAAUGAAUCAAGAAGCCUUGUGAUUUCUAUCCCCAAAGUUUUAAAAUAUAAUAGUAUGUUGUUGUCUUGUGCAUCAAUUAAGAUGUGGAUGCAAGAGAAAAUUUUAUUUUCUACUGCUUUAAUUUCCUGUUUCCCUCUGAAACAGACUCAGAUGUAUGAUUCAAUAAAGAGCCCAUUCUCUAUUUUAUCUUAGCAUUAUUACAAUACAAAUACGUAAAUUAACCAAGAGAAAGGAAUAAUGUUCAGCUUCAACUUUAAGUGGGUUACAUGCUAAUUUACAGAAGCCCUUUGGAGCUAAUAAACUAUUGACUAAGGUUAUGAAUUAAACAGGAUUCAUUUUAAAAUAGUACCCAUUUGUCCAUGUCUAAAAAUACAUUUACAUUUAUUCUCUUCAGGUUUAAGCUCUGAUAUUAGAAUCAGGUAUUUUCAUUCAGGCCAGAUACAUACUACAUGAAAAACAUGAGACAAUUAAGCAGAAAACUCAGUUUCUUUAUCUUUUUCUAACAUUUGGCUCUCCCCCACCUCUACCCCUCCAAAAAAAGAAAAACAAAAUCAAAAAUAUUAAUUAUAUGAUGAUGUAUAGACCAAAAAAUGAGUCAGAAUAGCUUUAAUUACACAUUUAACUGCACCAAACUUUAAUUCUCCCCACCCCCUACUAUGCAGGCCACAGUACCACAUUUUUUGCAUUAAAUAAUGCUAAGAUUUCCUUUCUUGGGGGUGAAUGGAAGAUGAAGGACAAGAUGACUGCUGUUUCUUUGAAAUGUCAAAAAGCUGGUUACUUCUUUGUAGAACUCAAUGGAUGGUCCUAAAGAGCUGCGCAACUGCAAAAUAAUAUGAACAAUAGAGAAAAUUAGUUCUCAAUUUACAAGCUUCAUUUAAUAUUUUUCAUUUUUUCAGAAGACCCUGAAUUAACAUAUUUGACCAACUUGCAAAAAUGCCAUGUGUAAAUAUUUUAAAGUAAUGAAGUUUUUUUUUAAAUGUAAAAUUAAAUAUUAACCCCAAACAGGCACAAAACACCAGAAACCACACGUUUCUAAUUAAUUUGUUUUCAAAGUAAAAAAGUAUGAUGUAGUAAAUAUAUCAUUAGGAAAUUACUUUAUUAUUUUCUUCUAAUUACUAUAUACAUAUGAUCGAAAAAAGUAUUGUAUAUUAUAAGACAUCCAUCAAUGUCCUCCCAAAUCAGGCACCUAGGUCAUUAAAAUUGCUCAUGUAUGUUGACUUCUUUUGCUAUUUUUAUAGAGAUAUAACUCUGCAAAUUAAUGAAUUUUUCAUUGUUUCUUGAAUUGUAAUAGAUAUUUAUGGCUUUACUUCCAUAUAUGUAUACAUGUACAUAUAUGUGUUAGAAAAAAUUCAAUACACCUCCAAUUCCAAAGUUAUUUUUUCCUCUUUGCAAAUGCUAAUAACUACUUGAUGUUAUUCAUUCAUAGACCAACUUUCAGUAAUGUGAGAUGAGGGGAAGGAAAGAGAAGAGGUUUAUAGAGUAUAUUGUCCAUUUGAAUAUGAAACAAUAUAACCCUAUGUUCCCACUCUUGUUUUUGUCAUUCUAUUUAGCUCAUAAAAGACAGGCAAAGUAUUUUGCAUUGGGAAUGUUAGCAUUCUGAAGUGGAUUAUUUUUGUAUUAAUUUUUGAGAAUGGAGAAAGAUUUUUCAUCUAUUGCCUGUUUCAUCUGAAUGUCAGAGCAUUAAAUACCAGUUAAUACAAAGAUUGAAUUAAAUCAUUUGUAGUUAAAACAAACUUUCAAGAUUACAUAGCAUUAUUAAUUUGUAGUUACAGAAGGUAUAACUGAUAUUUCAUGAUCUCAAUCAAUGUGAAAUAGGAAAAUCAAUAUUGGAUUUAUUAUACAUCUUCCUCCUAGAUAGUAUUUAAACCUAUUCUUGUGAAUAAUUCCCUGAGUUAUAUGGAAUGGGAAUAUACUUCUACUCUUUUAAAGACCUUUCUAGGAAUCUUUAUCAAUGAACAUGGAAAAGUUUAUUUCUUUAUCUCCCAAAAAAGUAUAAGUUUUUAAAAGUAAUAAUUAAAAGCUUGUUUUAAGAGAUGAAGUCCUAAAAUGACACAUUUAAAGGCCUUUUAAUUUCACAUAUUUAUCUGAAAAUUCAUGGAUUAUUGUUCUAAGAAAAUACUUAUUUGUAAGUAUUGUUUUUAAAGCAAAAUAUUUGCAUACAAAAUACCAUAAUUUGUAUCAGUUUUAAUUGAAGUGUAAUACUUGCAUAAGCAUUUAAGUGAGAUGUGCAUAUUUAUUUUUUAAAAAACAGCAUGCAAAAUCAUGCUUCUUAGACUAUGUUCAAUGUAUUAUGCACAUGUCAGACUUUAAGUAAAUCAUUAAAAAAAUGUGUUAGUAAACACAUCUCUGUACUAUAACUUGACUAGCUCCUUAAAUAAGGUUGAUUAUGUUUCUAUAAUAAAUUUCACUUGAAUGAUCAAAAUGUCAGUACUUGUACACCUGAGAGACUGCACUUUUUCAUAAUAUGGAAGGUCAUAAGAAUUAUCUUUUUGAUCAAUGAAAAUAUUUUUUAUAAAUGUAUAUGCUAGUCAGAAAUUUUACACCCAUAUGCUUAAUUCUUAUUUAGACCAUUGGAAACAUUGUAGAUUAUAAAAGACCCUAAAUAUAAAACACUUGACACUUCAAAUUGUGAAGAAAUCACAUGUAUAUAGAGAUAUAUCAUCUAUAUCUUCAUAUCUGGAUACAAAUUCCAUGAAGAAUCCUAUUUUGAAUCAUUGAAAUUAAUUAAAAUCUUGAUUUAAUUUGGUUUUUAUUUUGUAGGUAUUUAUUAAACUCUUUUUAUGCACACAUAUUGGGAAGAUUUCCUUAUGACUAAUAUUAACACCAGCAUUUAGCUCUCAGGCACUGACUAUUUUAAUGUUUUUAUAAGAACAAUUACAAUUUCAAUGCCUAAAUUUUAGAGUUUCCUGACCAAAUUAUCUUUAUGUCCAUUUUUUCCUAUUUUCCUUUCAAUUUUUCUUCUCAAUCCCGUUUGCCUUAUAAAGUGCUGUUUGUGUUAUUGCAAAUUUAGUCAUUAUGACAAUCAUUCAACUAAUGCAUUUAUAAAGUUCAAGUCCACCUGUUUUACUCAAUUUUCAAUUUUUCCAAAUAUCUUCUCAGUAUUAAAAGUUCAGAACUGUCAAGCUCACCUGUGUUAUUACCAACUGCUCAUUUGGUGCUAAAAAUCACACAUUCCACUGAGAAAACAAAGCCAUUGUUUUCACUGGAUAUAUAAAGCCUGAAAUGAUAAAUUUCAUAAUGUUAUUUUUAUUGGUUAUAUUUAAAUAUUUCUAAAUGUAAAUGCUAUUUAACAAUCAGAGCCAAACUAGAUGGUGAGUUGAAAUUUUAAAUUUCAUUUAGAAAGGGAUUUUUGUUAGAAUUUAUUAUGAAUUACUUCCCUAAAUCCAGUAUGAUCUAAUACAGUAUUAUAGUAGGAGGGAGAUUAAAGGUACACAUAUAUUAUACAGAUUUCUAUAAUCAUUCUACCAUAAAAAUCAACUAAUACUGCUUUGUUUCAAUUGUAGAAUAAACUAAAUGAAACACAUUUUGACGAUA